CGUUAAGGGCCUUUUGUGGUCAGCAGUGUCUUUCACAUUCAACCACCAGUGUUUCGCGCAGGCGUUCGAUCUCGCUACCACAGCUUGCGAGAGACGGCUCGCGCGCUGGAUAGGGAUAUUGAGGCACCCGAUGAGCUACCGACGACUCCUCAUCGCGACAGACACAGCCCGCCUAGGCUCCUCUACCCAUCCUCUACUAUCAGGCCAGCUCCUACUUCGACGCCACGCAAGAUCCUUACACCCGCUGCACCGAGAAGGCUGAUCAUCGACAUUGCUCAAUUUCGACACUCCCAGCUCCCAUCGCGCCUUCACGCAGCGCUUCGAGCCGCAGAAGCGCGACCGUGCAUGAGCCACGGACAGACCCGCAGAGGGCAGGCAGGCUCACUCUGCUGCGCUAAGCUGUAUUCGAAGCCUCACCGGCCGCAUCGACCGCACCGAGACGUGCAGGCUGGAAGGUCUCAAAUGUCGGGCUUGCAGACGGACGAAAACGUUCUCCACGCAUGGGAACGCCUGCACCUGUGCACGGGCUACGCUAUCAUCUGCCAUAGCAGCGCCGCCGACCUUGUCCGUACGGAGCGCGGCCAGCGUCGUAUCCGCAGCAGGCUUCUGGACGAGAGUCAGACGACUGGUCACUACACACGAGCGCUGGAGAGCUCUACGCUACUGGAUUACCUCCUGCAAGGCGAUCGCAUCUCGGCAAAUGGUCCCCUCUGCUCAUGAAAUAGCCGACUCAGAGGACACGUUGGUGUCAGAAACCCUUUCUGUUCCAACAAGAUCGCGAUCCAGUGAUCGGCGCACCUUCUUUUCGCGUUAUAUAUGAGUCUUGCUGAAGACAUGUGGAAUGCAGAGCGAGGUGUGCACUCGACCCGGAGUCGAUCGGCAUUGCAGCAGUGGUGACUUGCAUCUUUUGGACUACAUCGCUCUCCUUGGCUAAACUUAUUUGCUGGUGAAGCAGGGCAACACCAGCGUCUCAAUUUUUUCUGGUGGAUUGUCCAUUGGCCAAGUAGGAGGCAGUAAUGGCAGUUCGGUACGAUCCACCACAAGCCGCGCCAUCAUUCGCGCUUAAAGUGUCCUGCAGCAGCAGCCGCCUCCUACUCAGUCUCAUCUCAUUCAGAGGAAACCUUAAUUUCGAGUCGCAUUGAGCACAAGUCAGGCACUGCCUCUGCCAUAACAUAUACUCGGCCAGCUCUCUUGCGGCCUCGACCGGCAUCUUGCUCUGUUCACUUGAUUCGAGAGCCGUCCCGCUUUCACUGGAUCCGAAGGACUGCGCACUACAGCGUGGGUCUGCUGUGUCACUGCUACAAGCGCUUCUCGAUGGAGAGACCAGGGCAUUCGGGUGAUUUGGUCAACGUCCACCUCUUGGCGAGCCUGGGUCUCUUUCGCUCAGCCAGCAGCUCUUGUCUGCGCUAAUUUGAGCAUGCCAACGCAACGAAGGCGCGUCCUCAAGGCAUUAUGCAAAGGCCGGAUCAGGAACGUCGGAGCCCUUUCCUGUAUGUUCUCGAGAUUCUGCUCGUCUGAGUUCAGGCCACUCCCACACCCCGUCGGACUCAGCGUCUGGCAAACCCACGCGUCGCUUGGUGCAGGUGGUCGUCUCACUUACGAAAGCGCAUAACGGACCGUGCUCUACUUAUCGGAUGCGACGGAUUGCUCUCGGAGUCUUCGACCCACUUCAGCUGCAGAAGAGACACUAUUGUGCUCUCCGCAAACACACGCUCCAGGAAUUUGACUGUUCCGGAGCCAUUCGCGCGUGCUCGUCAUCAGCAGCUAUGGCUCUGGUCUGUGUGGUACUGUGUCGCAGGAUCUCCGUUCGCCUCUCACGGCCUUGCCACUUCGGCAGUCGCCUCACGCAAACGUUUGUCUUCUGUCCGACGGUCUGCGUCAGCUUGACUCGAACGAAGGGCGUAAAUGGCGAGCGAGUCGCCAGCGCAUGGGGCCCUCCGCGGUCCGCCUCAGGACGAAGGCUCUGUAUGGAGCCGGCCAAAUUCGUCUGUCACUCUAUCAAACGACUUAUUGGGCUUGUCGAAGACGAAUGCGCGAUACUGGACCGAGUCAAUUGUUUGAGAGUGAGCAUCGUGCGCAGGCGUCGAACGAGGAGACCAGCGCGUCUACUGCUGUCCGGAAAUCGAAAAAAGGACCUUCGUUUGCAGCGGGGAUAGCACAACCUUCGGAGCAGAGCUUUUUCCUGGACACCAUCAAGAGCUUGUUUGGCCUUCUCUUUGUGGAUCCUGGGGAGCCCAUCUCGGACUCCCCGUUUGAGGAUGUUCAUUGCGUCUGGAAGGUAGAAGACUCAAGACUCGGGGGUCGUGAUCGCGAGAGCGAGUGGACAACGUGAUAGGCUACGCCCAUAGACUAAAGGCGGCGCUGGCGUACGUCAUACGCGACUUUCUCGCUUGCCCAGGACACGAUUGGGAGCCCACCAAGAGAAAAGCGUCGAUAAUUCAGCGGCAAUCCGGGCAGCUGAGACGCCGUGUCUGGGCCUCGUCGUACAGGAUCCACAUCCAAGCGAGCAGGCUGUGGUUUGAAAAUGCAAGGGGGUGUGUAAUGGUGCACUUCUUUUCGGGCUUGCAAGUUGACUGACUCUGUGUGCGGCUCUGGCCAGCAUGCUAGCGACACUCGCGAGACUUUUUCGCUUUCGCUUUGAGCCAU